CGAAGAGAGGAGCGAGCAGAACAGUUAAGUGAGGAAAAUGAUUUCCCAUUCUUGAUAAAUGCAGACAUCAUGGGCUGGAAAAUGGGGAUUUUACUCGGCUGGUGGUUUGCUUCUCUGUGCUUAACAGGGUGGUCUGAAGGUGUCCAGGUGACGGUUCCUGAGCAGAAGAAGUUUGCGAUGUUGUUCCAGUCCGUGGUUCUUCGCUGUCAGUUCUCCACCUCUUCCAGUCAGCAGCCCGUGGUGCAGUGGUGGUACAAAUCCUAUUGCCACGACCGCACCAGGGAGGCGUUCAGCUUCACAGACUCCGUCACCCACCAGAUCCCAGACCAGGGCUCCACUUCCCACCUGGAUUGCAGGGACAGCAGCAGAACAGUCAGGCCUGUGGCGUCUCGCCAGGGAAUUACAUUCACGCUGGGGGAGAAUUACAAGGGAAGAGACAUCACCAUUACCAACAAUGCUGAUCUCCGAAUCGGAGAGCUUCAGUGGGGGGACAGUGGGGUGUAUUACUGCAAGGUGGUUACUUCGGAUGACUUAAUGGGACAGAGCGAGGAUAGCAUGGAGCUCCUAGUGUUGGGUAAGACAGGGCUGCUUGAUGAUCUCUUGCCCAAUUUUGAUGUGAAGAUUAUGCCAGAGUGGGUGUUUGUGGGUGUGGUGAUCCUGGGAGCCGUCACGUUCAUUCUGUUUCUGGGUAUCUGCUGGUGCCAGUGCUGUCCUCACAGCUGCUGCUGCUAUGUGCAGUGCCCCUGCUGCCCCGAGUCAUGCUGCUGCCCGCGACACUUGUAUGAAGCUGGCAAAGCAGUGAAGACAUGUGCCACCCCUCAUAUUGCACCAGUCUACCCUCCCUACUAUGUGCCUAAUGUCCCCAUGGCUGCCAUUGGACCUCCAGCAAUGAUGGGUCCAACGACACAGCCUCCAGUAAUGGAGAACAGUGUCUCAGGGGUUCGCAGUGGCUACCGAAUCCAGGCCAAUAAGGAACAGGACUGUAUGAAGGUUCUGUACUACGUAGAAAAGGAGCUUGCUGAGUUUGAUCCUGCCAAGAGAACGUAUGAGAAAUCCAGCACCAUGUCGGAGCUGAGCUCUCUUCACGAAGGGGACGCGGAUUUCCGUCAGUCCUACCGGCGGGUUCAGAAAAAGGCUCUUCCACCAAUCGGUGACCAGGAUGACGACCCUUCCUUCACCUCCACUGCAGCCACCCACACGAGGAAGUCGGCCCGGCACCCCCAGCGCAUGAACAGGUCUGAAGAGCAGUACCACAGCAGCAGGUGGAACCCCAGAUCUGAGCACCUUCAGAGAAAAAUGUUCCCAGCCAGCGGACGCACAGGGUCUCUGGAUGAGCUGGAGGAGUUUGCAGAAUCCUACCAUCAAAAAGGGAGGCGCUCUGAGUACAGGGACCCAGAGCCGGAUUACAGACAGGACUGCGAGACCAAGGAACACUAUCCACCCCCCUUCGGAGACCAGCACCAUUACCGUGACGACAAGCCAGCCAGAAUGGACCGGCACCAGUACCAGGAGUCCUUCCCUGACGAGUACUACAGCAAGCGAGACCGGAGUCGGGAGGGUUUUUACGAGUCGGACAGGGAGCGCACGUACAGCCCUCCUUCUCCCAAGAGGAGAGACCUCAGCGACGGUUACCCGCCUCGGUACCCUACUGCAAACAGGGCCUACGACAACACGUACCUAACAAGCGUUCUGGAGAAGAAAGCCAGGGGCAGACCACCGGAGGAGAGCUUCAACUGUGAGACUCCCUGUAAAUCCAGCUCCAAAAAGAGCAGCAACAUUCAUUACAGCCGAUCUGCCAGUUACAGACGUGAAGAGGAAGAUUCGUUGCCACCUUAUUCGGAGAGAGAUGCCGAGCGGCACAGGCCACUGGAGUCCUCAGCAAGGCCUUUUUCCUACACAAGGGACGGCACACAUGAGAUCAGCAUGCACGCCGCGCAUGAGAGGAGAGAAAGGGAGAAGCUCAGGAAGAUGAACACUCUACCCAGCAGAGAUUCCCUCAUAGUGUGAAACUGAAAAAGAAGAUGAAUCUGUUUUUUUCAAAGGAGAAGGGAACACCAAAGUCCAGUGGUACUCUUUAGGUUUCACUCUCCUGGCGUAGUUUGAUGGAGAUGUAAGUACCACAUGGAUUAGAGGCCCCUGUGUACUGACCGACUGGAUACCUACAGAUUUCAGUCCAGGAUUGAUACAGAUGAGCCAGGAUUGGAACUCCACCUCAGUACUGUCAAUGUCACAGUGUUCUUAGAACAUUCAUCUGUACGUCACUGUGCAGCUUUCAGACUUUCAAACUUAUAAAACAACAUCAGUGUGCCUGGCUAUUUCUAUCAUGCUACUUGAAGAAGACCGAAACGUUGUAGCUAAUUGUUCAAAUAGAGUUUUCAGGUUAUCAGUUACUUUUUCUUCUUUUUAGAUUUCUAUUUUAAAAUUCAGAGUUGUAGGAUUGUCUACAAUGUGAAAAGGUGCUAUGUGGAAAAAAAUCAGAGCCUGGAGCCAGACUGCCACUAUUAACCAGAUAUCUGCUGUAUGUAUGAAGCAACAGUCUGACUAUGGGGGUGCAAUAUUAUUUUCAAGAUGUAUUAAACAGAUGCAUUUUAAAGACAGAUACACUCAGCUAAUAAACAGGUCCAUCAUCUGAUAGCUCCACUCACAAGUUCACUUGCUCUACCAGUGCAGUGUCUGGGUGACGUUUUAACCACCCUGUAUAAUUAAAAGAAGAAAAUAGCAUGCACUUAAUAUCCGUGGUCAGUGUUUUAAAAAACGGUAUUUCAAAAUGUUGAUCUGUUGAUCAGCCUCCAGUAAGGAUCUCAGGUGACAGGGGCCUAUAUCUUAGUGUAAUGUUACAGGUGACAGGGAGGUACAGUUGCACAGAAAGAUUCAUCGACAUGGCCAAGAUUCACAUUCAGAGUCCCCGGCUCUACUGACUGUAAACGAAAACAUUCUGUCAGAAGGAUAUAGUCACAGAAGUUAAUGGUGUGCUGCUACAUGUCUAAAUAUUCAGUGUUUUAGAUAUAGAGAGAGUGAGAGAGUGCCUCUAACUGCUUUAUAAUGUCUGUUGAGCUUGAUAUCUGCAACAUGUGGAGUGUCUGGAAUAUAAUAUUGAUACUCUAAACCGAGAUUACAAGACAGGGUCUUCCCGUCUCAAGCCAAAUAUUUUCCACAUGGCAUCUUCUUUUUAUUAUGUGUAUAGCAAGCAAUACUUCAAAACACAGCCAUUAUAUAGCUGACUUGAAUUGCAAAACAACAGGGAACUUGCAUGUUGUACUCUCUGUGUUCUUUUCUUAGUAAAAGUGACCCUUGUGCUAUGGGAAGAGCAGUUACAUCCAGCUACUGGAUUAGCCAUUUGACUGCAGUGACCACAUGUGCCUUUCAGUGGCUCAUGUGUUCAUUUUAUCCUUAUUCUUAAUUUUAAACACAUUAUGAAGAACAUAAUCUCUUGAUCAGAAUUGCAAUUUGGUAACUCAGAAUUUGCAUUCCUUGGCAUAUACUCUAGCCUCUAGUUAAUUCCAGGGUGUACGUAUAGUUUGAGUGUGGUGUAAGUGGAUGGUGACCAUGUUACCAGCUGUAGGUAUGUAGUAUGAAUGCCAUUCUGCUGUAUAUUGCACUACACAGUGUACAUGUUGUAUAUAAGCAACGUACAGGGGAAAACUCUUGUUGCAGAUUAUGUCUUUGUGUACAUUAGAUACAGAUUUCUAUACCUACACAAUACAUACAGGUAGUUCAGUUAGCAACACACCAAUGUAACAUUUGCCAUACUCAAGAUUACUUAUCCACAUAAACCACAAAACAAACUCUUACACAGCAAGCAGUUAUUAGUUUAAAAUAUGAUAGAGUGCUUUAUCUGCACACAUCAAGAUAAGGAAAACAUUUACAAAUAAAACAUUAAGCAUCAUUGAAAGGCUGUUCUAUGACGUCUUUUCUCUGACUAGCUUUUUUAACAUAAUUGGUCCCUCUUUUAUUGUGCUGAGAAAGUCGUGGUUCUUGGUUUUUCACAUUCAUUCAGGACAUGCAAUCAUUCAAACACUAUAGAUAAACUGCUGUAUCUGGCUACCUUAGCUGUUGGCAGCAACAAACAGCAACUUCGUCAUCAUCAGGCAACAGUAAUAAUAAGAGCAUGAGAAGGGAGUUUUAACCCUUGUUUAUCACUACUUUAAUGUUGGCAGUCAGUGUGGGGUUUUUAAUGAUCUCCAAGGUGUCCCCCAACAAGGUCAGUGUUACAGGAGGAGUCUCCACUGCAAUGACUGCAGAAGAGUUUCUCCCUGCCAUUCCUUUAGAAAAGUGUAAUAAAGCACAGUGAAAGAAUGGUAAAGCACUGGUAAGCAUUGUAAAUUAAGGUAAUAACCUUGCAUAGUAUUGUGAGUGGCUGCCCAAGCUACCUACCAUUACCUCUGUAUUGUUUCUCAUUGUGGAUCACAUUUGACCAGACACUCAGGAUUUCAUCUUUGACAGGCCUCGAUAAACACAUUACAAGCUGACACUUUCUAGUUGUCAUUGUGUUUGAAGACAGGCAAUCGAUUCUGCCUGAGAGAGAACCUUAACAUUGAAGCUUUAUGACUUGUGAGUAGACUGAAAAAAGGGUGUGAAAUAUAGUAUUAAUAUCACCUAGGUUCCCUUCCCAGUGCAAUCAAAGAAGGUGUCAAGUGUGUUUCGUUAUGCUUACUCAGGUGGUUACAGUAUGUGGUUAGUGUGUCAGUAAGCUGGGGCAGCUCUGUGUAGGAACCAGGACCAUUCCUCUCGUUUGGUGCGUGCCUAUGCUAAGUUUUGAGUCCAUAAGCUUUUUCACAGUAACCCACAGUUUUUUAACUGCUAGGUUUCUGUUGUGUGAAUCUGUUACCACUGCUGUACACAUAACCUUGAUAUGCAAGAAUGUAAUUGUUAACAAAUAUACAUUAUAUGUUAAAGAAGGGCCACAUUUAUAUUUACGCCAAAAUGUAUUUUACACCAUUUUUUGUGAAUUAAAAAUACAGCUGUUAUUGUCAUAAAACUUGUAAACAAACAACCCAGAAGAUUAAUUUAAUAUGUCUAAGUGUCCAUACGUUGUUUGCCGUUAGUUUUGUAAUGUUUUAUUUGUCUGUUCAUUACUGUGUAUCAAAAAAAGACUUAUUCAAAGGCAAAAGGAAAAAGAAUUUGGUAAGAAUGAUCCACCUGACAAAGAAAAUCUGGUCUAACAGUAUUAUUAUCCCUGCAGAGGGUACACACACACGAAUGGCACACUUUAGAAUUAGUGUCACUUAUCCCAUUGUGAUGAAACGUUGACAUUCUUUAGCACAAGUUAGUGGAGAAAUGGCUCAGUUUGACAUGUUUACAGGUACAGAAGGUGGAUGUAAUCAUGGUAAUCUACAUGGUCAUGAUACUGAUGGUUCUGUUUUUGUAUUUACAACUCUUGGCAGUGGGGAUGUAUGCAAAAAGAUGGCUACCGGGUAUAAGUAAGUUAUUUGCAAAGAGUUGACAAAAGCCAUCUGCAGAUAGCAGGGAUGGAAAUAAGACUCCCAUUACAUAGCAGUUUGAUCUGUUCCUGGUUUUACUGUGAGUUUUUUACCUGAGCUUUUUACCUCUAUACUGGCUAAUCAAGCUUGUAUUAAAACCUGGACUGGGCAAAACUGCUAUGCAAUAAGUCUUAUUUCCAUCCCUGAGAUAAAGUAGUAUUGGAGAAACACAUCACAGUAAUGGACUGUCUGUGAACCAAAGACAAGGUGGGGAUUUACUUGAGGGUUCAGGGGAGAUUCUGGUGCAAAAGGUGAGACAUUUGAUUAGUUUCGUAACACUGAGAUUUCUCCCAACUAGAAGGAAACCAGGGACAUGUUUUCAAAGUGUGAAUCUUUUCAGCACUAUCAAGUUGUUUAUUUCUCAUUUUGUAACAUUCUUUCAAAAAUCGGAGUAACCUUUCAGACUAGUAUAAAUGCUUUCGAAAUGUGUCCCACAGGUUUAUUGUCUUUCUGCGAUUUGUAUCAUAUAUUGUUUAACCUGAACAGUCUUACUUUAUACAGCAUCUUGAUAAGAUCUAGCACUAUCUUGUUUUAUGUGUUUUUUUCAUUUGUGUGAAAUAAAAUAAAAAAUGUCAUUUUAUUAUA